AUGGAAGGUCAUUUUAUUAAGCGAGGAUUUAACAAAAAGUUGGUUAAGGAUCAGUUUUCUGAGGUUAAAGUUAAGGAUAGGGCUGAAGUGUUACGCCAAACGGAUAAGAGGAAGAAUUCUAACUUGAGUAAUAGAGUACCACUGGUAGUAGAAUUUCAUCCGGCAUUAAAGGAAAUUAAUGGAAUCGUGGAAACACUUUGGCCGAUUCUGGAGACAUCGGAGAGGAUGAGUGAUGUCUUCGGUAGUAGGCCGAUUGUUUCAUAUAAGAGACCAAAAAAUUUAAAAGAUAGUUUGGUUAGAUCUAAGGUUAAAAAGGCUAGGGAG